UAUGGAAGAAUGCUUGAAUUUUGUUCUAAGUGUCUUUAUAAAAGCAGCUAUUUCUGGCAAAGUUAUUAGAGUUUUUGCAGUAAUAGGAAUGCUAGGAAAGGCUAAUAUUUUAGAAGUCUUUAAUUAAUAAGAAAAAAAUGGGGAAAUGGAUUGUAAAUAGAUUUGGGUAUGCUGAAGAAGCUGCUUAUUUGAGUUAAUUUAUUUUACAUUAAAAAUAAUAAAAAACUUUGGUUUAAUGGAAUUUGUAAUUAUGAAUUUGAUGCAGGAAC